AUGGCGGAGAAGGCACUGGAGGCCGUGGGCUGUGGACUAGGACCUGGGGCUGUGGCCAUGGCCGUGGCGCUGGAGGACGGGGCGGAGCCCCCUAUGCUGACCACACACCUGAAGAAGGUGGAGAACCACAUCACCGAAGCCCAGCGCUUCUCCCACCUACCCAAGCGCUCAGCCGUGGAUAUCGAGUUCGUGGAGCUGUCCUAUUCCGUGAGGGAGGGGCCCUGCUGGCGCAAACGGGGUUAUAAGACCCUCCUUAAGUGCUUAUCAGGUAAAUUCUGCCGCCGGGAGCUGAUUGGCAUCAUGGGCCCCUCAGGGGCUGGCAAGUCCACGUUCAUGAACAUCUUGGCAGGAUACAGGGAGUCUGGAAUGAAGGGGCAGAUCCUGGUCAACGGGCGGCCGAGGGAACUGAGGACCUUCCGCAAGAUGUCCUGCUACAUCAUGCAGGAUGACAUGCUGCUGCCACACCUCACGGUGUUGGAAGCCAUGAUGGUCUCUGCUAACCUGAAGCUGAGUGAGAAGCAGGAGGUGAAGAAGGAGCUGGUGACGGAGAUCCUGACAGCACUGGGCCUGCUGUCCUGCUCCCACACGAGGACAGCCCUGCUCUCCGGAGGGCAGAGGAAGCGCCUGGCCAUCGCCCUGGAGCUGGUCAACAACCCACCUGUCAUGUUCUUUGACGAGCCCACCAGUGGUCUGGACAGCGCCUCUUGUUUCCAAGUGGUAUCCCUCAUGAAGUCCCUGGCCCAGGGGGGCCGUACCAUCAUCUGCACCAUCCACCAGCCCAGUGCCAAGCUCUUUGAGAUGUUUGACAAGCUUUACAUCCUGAGCCAGGGUCAGUGCAUCUUCAAGGGCGUGGUCACCAACCUGAUCCCCUAUCUGAAGGGGCUCGGCCUGCACUGCCCCACCUACCACAACCCAGCUGACUUCAUCAUCGAGGUGGCCUCUGGCGAGUAUGGAGACCUGAAUCCCCUGCUGUUCAGGGCUGUGCAGAAUGGGCUCUGUGCCAUGGCAGAGAAGAAGAGCACCCCCGAGAAGAAUGAGCUCCCAGCCCCCUGUCCCCCUUGCCCUCCGGAAGUGGAUCCCAUUGAAAGCCACACCUUUGCCACCAGCACCCUCACACAGUUCUGCAUCCUCUUCAAGAGGACCUUCUUGUCCAUCCUCAGGGACAUGGUCCUCACCCACCUGCGGUUCAUGUCCCACGUGGUAAUCGGUGUGCUCAUUGGUCUCCUCUACCUGCACAUUGGUGACGAUGCCAGCAAGGUCUUCAACAACACCGGCUGCCUCUUCUUCUCCAUGCUCUUCCUCAUGUUUGCUGCCCUGAUGCCAACUGUGCUCACCUUCCCCUUAGAGAUGGCCGUCUUCAUGAGGGAGCAUCUCAACUACUGGUACAGCCUCAAAGCAUAUUACCUGGCCAAGACCAUGGCCGAUGUGCCCUUCCAGGUGGUGUGCCCAGUGGUGUACUGCAGCAUCGUGUACUGGAUGACAGGCCAGCCAGCUGAGACCAGUCGCUUCCUGCUCUUCUCGGCACUGGCCACCGCCACGGCCUUGGUGGCCCAGUCUUUGGGACUGCUGAUCGGAGCCGCCUCCAACUCCCUACAGGUGGCCACCUUUGUGGGCCCAGUCACCGCCAUCCCUGUCCUUUUGUUCUCCGGUUUCUUUGUCAGCUUCAAAACCAUCCCCACUUACCUGCAGUGGAGCUCCUACCUCUCCUAUGUCAGGUAUGGCUUUGAGGGUGUGAUUCUGACCAUCUAUGGCAUGGAGCGAGGAGACCUGACCUGCUUGGAGGAACGCUGCCCUUUCCGGGAGCCACAGAGCAUCCUCCGAGCGCUGGAUGUGGAAGAUGCCAAGCUCUACAUGGACUUCCUGGUCUUGGGCAUCUUCUUCCUGGCCCUGCGGCUGCUGGCAUACCUUGUGCUCCGUUACCGUGUCAAGUCGGAGAGAUAG